ACAUCCUUUCUUCUAAAGAGACAAUACCCAACACCCAUCAAGUAAGAUGUGUCUCCUCUUCUCUUCCUUUUCUUCUUCCUUCACCCUUUCCCCUUUUACCUUAUAAGAAAGCGAACUCUCUUUUUUUCUUCCCACAACAAAAUAUUCUCUUAAUUUCUCUCUCUAAUUUCUCUUUCAAAUGAAUAUGCCCUUUGCUUACUAGUUAGUAGAUGAAUAGUAGUGAAAAUAACAAUAACAUUAGUGAAGAAGUUAGAAAUCAACAACAACAACAACAAGAAGACUUAGUAGUAGUAGAUUAUCAGUGCCCUCAACAAAACAACAGCAAUAUCAUCAUUCAGAAUAACAACUUAGAAAUGCAACAAUAUCAUCAAGCAACACCUACUCAUUCUGAUCAUCCUUUUGUUGGUAAUUUUGUAGGAGGUGGAAGGGCAGGAUUGGUAUUUCCAGAUCUUUCUACUCCACCGCCACUGCAACCACAACCACAUAUGUUACCAUGGGAUCUUUCCCAAGCUCAUCAUUCCUUUCCACAAAGUCAUCAUGAUCCUUUCUUCUUCCCAUCUUCAUCCUCUUAUGGAGGGUUAUUUACUAGAAGGCCCUCCAAUUCUCUCCAAUUUGCAUAUGAGGGAUCCUCCUCAGAUCAUCUUCGCCUUCUAUCCGAUGCCCUUGGCCCUAUGGUUCAGCCGGGCUCGGCUCCGUUCGGCUUGCAAGCUGAGCUCAACAAGAUGACUGCUCAAGAGAUCAUGGAUGCUAAAGCUCUUGCAGCUUCUAAGAGUCAUAGUGAGGCUGAGCGCCGUCGCCGAGAGCGGAUCAAUAACCAUCUAGCUAAGCUUAGAAGCUUGUUGCCUAGCACUACCAAAACGGACAAGGCAUCAUUGCUAGCAGAAGUGAUCCAGCAUGUGAAGGAGCUGCGUAGGCAGACAUCCAUUAUAGCCGAGACGAGUGUCGUCCCCACCGAGACUGACGAGCUGACGGUCGAUGCGGCUUCCGAUGAUCAAGAUGGGAAAUUCAUCAUCAAGGCGUCUCUUUGUUGUGAUGAUCGCUCUGACCUAUUGCCGGACUUAAUCAAAGCCCUAAAAACCCUUAGGCUAAAGACCCUAAAAGCGGAGAUCACUACACUUGGUGGUAGGGUUAAGAACGUACUCUUUGUAACCCAUGAGCCUAAUAAUAGUGACGACGUUGAUCAAGAUGACCACCACGAGGAAUCGCCUCAAUGCUCGGUUAGCUCGAUACAGGAAGCGUUGAAGGCGGUCAUUGAGAAAUCUGGUGGCGGAGAUGAGUCUACUUCUGGUAAUCCUAAGAGGCAAAGGACUGCAAACAUUACUAUAUCCUAACUAAAGAUACUCAUAUUACUACUAUUAUGAAGUAAGUAAUUAAAUUAACUAGGGUCGCUUUGAGAUCUUUUAUACUAGCAAAGAUGACCUUAAUUACAUUGCAUGGUGUUUUUUUUUUUUUAUUAUUGGGUUUUUUUUUUUUUCUGUUUGCAUGGGUGUGCUCUUCUUCUUACUAUUAAUGUAAUGAUCUUGGAUUUUUCUCUGACGAAAAAUAUAUAUGAUCAUAUGGCUUGGUUGGGUUCUUA